GAAAACGUGGUAAGGGUAAUCUUGUUUUUAAACAUAUCUAUCCAAACAAAAACCCAUAUUCAGGCGACUGACAACCGUCGUCCAUGUAAAAUUUUGAUGAGGUUAUGAUACUUGAUUUGUAGUCCACGUACUUAGUCCGAGAAUGUACUGAAUAUUGGCUGUACUAGUAUACAGAGGGGAAAUGUUAACACCAGCCUUUGAACUUCUUCAGGAUAAAACAUAUCUGACUGUUAUUGUCAAAGCUCCAUAUGCAAAAGUUUCUGAUGCAGAAAUUUUCAUUGAAGAUGAAGAAGUGAGAUUUUUUUCAAAACCAUAUUUUCUAAGAUUGAAUCUGCCUGGGAAGUUGAUAGAGGAUGGAAGAGAGAGUGCUACAUACAACUCGGACAAUGGUAGUUUCACCAUUAAGGUUCCGAAGGCAACAGAGGGUGAGAUAUUUGAGGGUUUGGACAUGCUCACCAAGCUAUUGACCCCAAAAGGUCAAACCUCUGCAGCAUCUCCCCUAAUACAGGUGCUUGAUACAUCUAAUGAAGCUACUCAGUCAAAAGAGACCGACCUGGAGAUAGAUGAAGAUUUUGACUGGCAUGUUGAUCAGGAAGUAUAUGUCGAGGAAAAGAUACCUUUGGAUGCCCCCAAGUACGGCUUUGCCAACACUAGAUGUGGCGUAUUUAAACGACUUCAGGAAGACAUAGUUGAUGUUGUCAGCCUCCCUGACCCAGACAGUUGUGAUGUGACGGAGCGGAGAGAAAAACGCACCCAGUCAGAACAGAACAAGUUUGAUCCAGAAUACUACCUAGCAGAUCUGUAUGAGGGUGAUGCAAUACAAGACUUGAUGAGUUAUAGAGCACCCUGGGAAAAACAGCUGAAGUCUAUGGAUCAAGUAAAAUUCACAGAUUCUGAAAAAGAGAAGAUGAGAAGUCUGCCAAAGAAAGAAUAUCUGUUGGAGGAGAAACAGUUGAUAGGAGUCUACCUAGGUCUGGUCGAUCUGUUGUUUGCCUAUGCUUACAACCACCGGGCAACAGAAGGCGAAGACAAUGUUGAGUCGGCGUGGACCAUCUGUAACCUGAGUUCUAUGUUAUCAUGGCUAGAUGUAUUCCACUCCCUUGAUGAUGUGGUGGCGAGCUCAGUUCGUCGUAGCUUGUGCUUCCCCCUGUACCGACAGUGGGCCUUCUCUGUCAAAGUCCUCUCCGAUACUGGCCAGAUUCUCCAGUUAGGUAAAACAUAUAUCCUCAAGUGUUUGUUGGAGAUACGAGAUGUUCUUAACAACAGAUACCCUUAUUAUAUCCUCAACGACUUGUACAUCACCGACUACUGUGUAUGGAUACAGUCCGCCAGUGAUAAAAGACUUGUUUCCCUGACGGAUGCCUUAUCCAUGAUAUCUGUCAAGAAAGAUAUGGUUGGGUUUAAUUUGUGUGAAAUUGAAGCUGAAGCAGCAGAGGAAAAUGACUGCAGUGUAGAUGUCAUCACGGAGAGUGUUUCUCAGAUUGCUUUACAGCAACACAAAGCUGUUCUUCUCACCAGUAACACUAAAGACAGUGAUGAUGACAACACAGAUUCCAGUGAUUGUGAGAGCACAGAAACUGAUGAUGAAAGCUCAGCAACUGAUGAUGAAAGUACAGAUAAUGGUGAUGAAAAUGCAGGAAGUGAUGACAGAAAUAAACUAGUGAAAAAGCAUGCAGAAAAUGAUGAAAGUUUUGCAGAACUCGACAAUCACAUUAAAAAAUGUGGCAAAGACACACAAAUUUAUGAAAUGGAAAGACAUGAGACUUCUUUAAAUGAAAAAUAUAUAAAUUCAUCAACAGACAUUAAAAUCACAAAUGAAAAUCGUGCAAAAGGUGAAGGCUCAUUAAUUACUGAAUGUGUAUAGUUCAAAUGCAAUAUUAACCAAAUGUCUAUAGAUGCACAUGUACACAUGUUUUUCAGCAUGUCAACAUCCUAUUCUCAACAAUAUCAUUGAUCAGUAAAAUAAUUCUAAAUAUG